AUGGGUGAACCAAUCGUCAACGGCGAGAAGCACUCCCACUUCCUCGACCAUCUGACUUCCUACCCCAUCGUCUCCGACUCCAUCUCCUACUACAAAGGCAACCCCUACGGAGCCAAGUCCAUCGAAUUGGUCGACCAAGGCUACAACACCCUGGCCAAGCCCGUGCUCCCCUACUUCUCCACUCCCUACAGCUAUGUAGCACCCUACCUCGCCCGCGCCGACUCCAUCGGCGACAAGGGCCUCACCCAGUUCGAUACCCGCUUCCCCAUCAUCAAGGAAGAUACCCAGAAGCUGCGCGGCUCCAUCUACAACCGGGCCUCACUUCCGGCGCGCCUGGCCGGCGAUGCCAAGACUCACCUGUACGACAUCUACGGAUCCGAGUACAAGAAGUGCGGGGGUGAUGGCGUCUUCGCUUCCGGCAAGGCCGUUGUCACUACGAGCUUGGUGCUGUCGCAGGAGUCGUUGGCGUGGAUCAGCACUUUCUUGCAAACUAAGAAGGAGGAGGUGAAGGAGGUUGUGGAGAAGAACAGCCACUGA